AUGAUAAAGGAAACACCACUUCAAGAACUUGCCAAAGAACUGAAAUUUUUGAUAAAUAAUCAACUUUACAGUGAUUUAGAGAUAGUUUGUAAAGAUGGAGUGAUUCUUUUUGGAUCUAGAGCGAUAUUAGCAGCAAGAUCUAAAGUUCUCGAUGGAAUGCUUUACAAUGGAAUGAAAGAAACACACGAAAAACGUGUAAAAUUUCCUAAUAUCAACUCUAAAGUUUUUUUAUUUGUGUUAGAAUUUAUAUAUACAUCAUCUAUUACGAAUGAUUCCUUGACAUUUGAAGAAGCAAUAGAGAUUUAUCGCGCAGCCGAUUUUCUUCAACUACCAACUUUACAAGAUAUUAUUAUUAAAUUUAUCAAGUACUACGUUAACAAAAAUAAGCAACUGGCACCAAAUUUAUUAACAGAAGCAGUUCGUUCCUCAGAUAUAUUAGCACAUGGAGUUCUCAUUAAUACUUUAAUUGAGAUUAUCGCAAAAAUUCCUCUGGAUUCAAUUACAUUUGAACGUUUAUCAAUUCAAGCAUUAAAUUGUUUACUCUCAGCUAGAUAUGAUAGAAAAGUUCAAUUUUUAACACAAGAAUAUCAUGUAUUACGUUAUGUAAUACUUCACACAGCAAACAUGAUCUCCAAAGAAGCACAUGAAAUUUUUGAAUUAAAAAUACUUAAAUUGGAAAAUUUUGAAAAAUCCGAAGUUGGAAAUCAUGAUGAAAUUAGUGAAUUGAAUAAAUUUAAUUCAAAUAUUACAAAGCAAAUAACACCAUUGCUUAAAUUUAUAAAUUGGAAUCAUAUAGAUAAUAAAAUUAUUGAAGAAAUAAUUCAACCAUUAAAGAUCGUACCAGAAGAAAUAUUGAAAGAAGCAUACACUUUUAAAGCGAAUAAAAGAUUAAUAUUUAAGGAAAAAAAUGGAAACCCUUUUAAAUUUGAUAGUGCAUCUAGUGGAAAGCAACUUAUAUUUAAUGAAGAUUAUUCAGAAGUUUCAUCAGUGGUAACUAAACCUGAAAUGAUGAUAUAUCAAAGUGUAAGAAGUCAAUAUAUUAUUACAGAAAGUGGAGAACAUGAAUGGGAAGUUAUAAUAGAAGAGAUUGGAGACGCAUCUAAUUGUUACAUCGGAAUCUGUGAUGAAUAUUGUGAAUUUAACACAUUUUUGGGAAAUUCAGUAAACGCAUGGGUAUUUAAUCGUCAAGGAACUUGUUGGAAUAAUGGAAUUUUUAGCCGAUAUGGAAGUGAAUUUAAUGUUGGAGAUACGAUAACGGUGCACGUUGAUAUGGACCAACGAACAUGUGCAUUCUCAGUUAACGGCAAAAGACAUCCACCAGUAAAUUGGACCAAUCUUCCAUCGAAACUUUAUCCGAUUGUUUCAUUCAGGAACUCUGGACGUUUGCGAAUUCAAUCUCAUGUGAAUUAA